AUGGCCUCCGUUCCCGCCGAAAUCAACAUCAAGAACGUCACCGGCAGCUAUGCCAUGAACAAGAAGCUCUCCGACUCCACCGGGCCCAUGCUCAAGAUGCAAAAGAUCCCAUGGCUCGUGCAGCAGGCCGCCAACUACUCGAGUGUCUCCGUCAACCUGAAGCAGUACACCGACGACCAGGGUGUCGUGCACGUCGACCAGGAGCAGGUUUCCUCCGUCAACACCCAGCACGAGCCGAGAAUUUUGGACAACCAGAUGCAUGAGCGGGACAUUCAGUACUGGGGCAAGGUCAAGGGACGGUCGCAAUUCGCCAAAGUCGCCGACCUUCAAGACGCCUACCUCAAAGAGGGCUGGGAAGGCGAUGAAAUUCUCGAGUCCUUCGCCGAGAGUCUUGAAAAUGGCUGGACCGCUGAUCAGGUCUGGGGUUUCGCCGAGGUCGAGGGUGUGCGUCGCCACGUCCGUCGUAUCUUGUCCAAGAAGGGCAAGGAUGAGUUGCGCAUUCGUCUGGUCUACGACUGGGCUCCUCCUUCGUAGAGAGCAUUGCCAUGACGAGCUGGACGGCAAAC